GGCGUGUGCCGAGAGCGCCUGCGGCCCGAGCGGGAGCCGCGCCUGCUGCCCUGCUUACACUCAGCCUGCAGCUCCUGUCUAGGGCCCCCAGCGCCCGCAGCCGCCAACAGCUCCGGUGAUGGCGGCGCGGCGGGCGACGGCUCGGUCAUGGUGGACUGUCCUGUGUGCAAGCAGCAGUGCUUCUUGAAAGACAUCGUGGAGAAUUACUUCAUGCGUGACAGUGGCGGCAAGGCUGUUACCGAUGCCCAGGAUGCCAAUCAGUGCUGUACCAGUUGUGAGGAUAACGCGCCGGCCACCAGCUACUGCGUGGAAUGCUCAGAGCCCCUGUGUGAGACCUGCGUGGAGGCACACCAGCGAGUGAAGUACACCAAGGACCACACUGUGCGCUCUACAGGGCCAGCCAAGACUCGGGACGGCGAGCGCACAGUGUUCUGCAAUGUGCACAAGCACGAGCCCCUUGUGCUGUUUUGUGAGAGUUGUGACACCCUUACCUGCCGGGACUGCCAACUCAACGCCCACAAGGACCACCAGUACCAAUUCCUGGAGGAUGCGGUGAGGAACCAGCGCAAGCUCCUGGCCUCGUUGGUGAAGCGCCUUGGGGACAAGCAUGCCACGCUGCAGAAGAGCACCAAGGACGUUCGCAGCUCGAUCCGCCAGGUGUCCGAUGUGCAGAAGCGCGUGCAGGUGGACGUCAAGAUGGCCAUCCUGCAGAUCAUGAAGGAGCUGAACAAGCGGGGCCGUGUGCUGGUCAAUGAUGCCCAGAAGGUGACUGAGGGACAGCAGGAACGGCUGGAGCGGCAGCACUGGACUAUGACCAAGAUCCAGAAGCACCAGGAGCACAUCCUACGCUUUGCAUCUUGGGCCCUGGAGAGUGAUAACAACACGGCCCUAUUGCUCUCCAAGAAGCUGAUCUACUUCCAGCUGCACCGGGCCCUUAAGAUGAUCGUGGACCCAGUGGAGCCUCAUGGGGAGAUGAAGUUCCAGUGGGACCUCAAUGCCUGGACCAAGAGUGCAGAGGCCUUUGGCAAAAUCGUGGCAGAGCGCCCAGGCACCAAUUCUACAGGCCCUUCACCUAUGGCCCCCCCGAGGGCCCCUGGCCCACUGAGCAAGCAAGGCUCCGGCAGCAGCCAGCCCAUGGAGGUGCAGGAAGGCUAUGGCUUCGGGUCAGCAGAUGACCCAUACUCAAGUGCGGAGCCCCACGUGUCCGGUGUGAAGCGGGCCCGCUCUGGUGAGGGGGAUGUGAGUGGACUCAUGCGCAAGGUCCCAAGAGUCAGUCUGGAGCGCCUGGAUCUGGACCUCACAGCUGACAGCCAGCCACCCGUGUUCAAGGUCUUCCCAGGCAACACCACAGAGGACUACAACCUCAUUGUCAUUGAGCGGGGUGGAGCGGCUGCCGCUGCUGGCCAGCCUCCAUCUGGUGGCCCUGGUGCCCUGGAUGACAGCGCCACCAUCUGCCGAGUCUGCCAGAAGCCAGGAGAUCUAGUCAUGUGCAACCAAUGCGAGUUCUGCUUCCACCUGGAUUGUCACCUGCCAGCUUUGCAGGAUGUGCCAGGGGAGGAGUGGAGCUGCUCGCUCUGCCAUGUGCUUCCUGACCUGAAGGAGGAGGACGGGAGCCUCAACCUGGACGGGGCAGACACCACUGGUGUGGUGGCCAAGCUUUCGCCUGCCAACCAGCGGAAAUGUGAGCGUGUCUUACUGGCCCUGUUCUGUCAUGAGCCAUGCCGCCCCCUGCACCAGCUGGCCACCGACUCCACCUUCACCCUGGACCAGCCUGGUGGCACCCUGGACCUGACGCUGAUCCGAGCCCGCCUUCAGGAGAAGCUGUCUCCCCCUUAUAGCUCUCCUCAAGAGUUUGCUCAGGAUGUGGGCCGCAUGUUCAAGCAGUUCAACAAGCUGACUGAGGACAAGGCCGACGUGCAAUCCAUCAUUGGCCUGCAGCGCUUCUUUGAGACACGCAUGAACGAAGCCUUUGGUGACACCAAGUUCUCAGCUGUGCUGGUUGAGCCACCCCCACUGAGCCUGCCUGGUGCUGGCCUGGGGGCCCCAGAGCUGCCUGGAGGCCCCAGCGAUGGCCUCUGAAGCAGGUGCCCCCAUGGCUGGUCUGGCCCUGCCCUGCCCCCACCCCAUCCCCCUAGACCUCCUGGUGGCCUGGCUCCCACUCCCUGGUGGCCCUGACCCCCAGCUCCUUACAAUAUGGUUUUUACUUAUGUGGAUUUAAUAAAAACUUCACCAGUUAC